AUGGGUGUGAUGAAAGAGACGUGGCCUGGACGAGAGGAAAGAGAUAACUACAUACUGAUGAAGGAAAUAACGAAGCAGAAGAGGAGUGGUCCGAGUGGAGGGGAUUUGUGGGCCAGGCCCAGGCUGCUCGCGUGGCUUACUGUGCUGCCAAGGUAA